AUGAUAACGGCAUGUGAUCUAUCCGGUAAAACGUAUUUGGGAGGUUUCUUUGUCAGACGCAACUCUCGGACGACGAGACACCGCCCGAAAGUGUUGCCUCUAGUGACUCUCAUGAGGGUGAGGAAAGAAAGGGACAAAUUACGAGAAAAAGCGAGUCCGAAGAGCCGCUUCGAUACGACGGUACUCGUUGACGGUAUCGCUGCUUCGAAAAUGACUCGAUCUCAGCUCGUGGAUGUGGUGGCAGAACUGAUCGAGGGUCAGAACAGAGCCGUGAAGCGAAGGGAUGAAGACGCAGAGCGACGGCGCAGACUCGCGGAGGAGGCGCUCCAGGAGAGAAUGAGGCAGUUGCACGAACACCUCACCAAGGAGCACAAGACCCACAUGAAUCAUCUAGUCCAACGGUAUGAGAUGCAAUUCGAAACCCUGCGGCUCGAAGCGGAGAACCGUAUCGAACAAGCUCGCUUGACAGCUGAGCAGGAGAAACUGGAUGAAAUACAGAAAAUUAGGGAGAGAUACAGACAGGAUCUCGAGAAGCUUGUCAACGGUGAACAGAACAGAUUGGAGAGAACCCUGGAAGACGCCAAAGAGAAUUGCGAACACAUUCUCAAAGUGAACGUGGCCUAUAUAGAGAAACUACAGGCCGAACAGAACUCUACGCGUUCGCGUUGUGAUCACCUAGACGAGCAGAAUCAAUUGCUGAAACGUCAACUGAAAUUCGCAACGCAAAAGGUUCAACAACUCCUGACUGAAAAUAGACAGCUGAGUCAAAAACUGGAGAAGAUUAGAGGCAACCGGAGCAAGUUCGAUCAAUUGCGGGAAGAAACAUACAAGCUGGCCGGGGAGAAUCGUCUAUUGAAGUCAGAAGUACUUCUCGCAGAAGAGUACUUCAAGAAAGCCGCGGAGGAGCGUGACGAGUUAUACUCGACGUUCGUGCAGACAUUGAACCAAAUCCAUUCAAGAUCGUCAUAUAAGAGUGCGCAGGUGCGGCAACAAUUGGACCUCGCCCUCGGAUCCGAGAGUGAGGGAGGCGAAUCCGAAGAGACCCUGAGUGGGAUUGAGAAGUUAUCCCUGGAAGAUUCCCAGCAAUGAGAUGGUGUAGCGAGUACAAGCCCGUUCAUAAAGUGGAGUGGGCU